CUCCCUGUCACGUGAUACUUUGCAGACGACUUUUUUCUCGAGCGGGCACACAUGUGAAAGAAUAAUACUCGUUUCUGUUUCUGACAUUUCCUGCCUGCGUAGAUGUGACUAUAGGUGUGGACUGUAUACGCAUUCAGAGGCUUGAUCGCGGAGGAGGUCAUGAAAAAUUGACAACAUCGUGGAUGGAUCAAUACGUUAAUUUUCUUAUUUCGUUUUCUUGGAGGGUACACCUGUCAGUGAAGUGACUCACGCGCUACUUUAUGCAAAGGCUGCCAGAAGGGCUCAACAAGUGCGUCACAAAGACCAUGAUGAGUUUUGCCCUCUUCCAGCAGGAUCGUGAAGCAUAUUAAAUCAAGAUUUUUAAAGAUACAUGACUGAACAAUAUAUGGAUCUUUUUGCAAGUAAACAUUUACUGAGCAGAAAUAUUUCAUCACAAGAGCUGGAGCAUCGUGCAAAUCUGCUUUGACGAUACAGACCAGUGGACACUUAACCCUAUUUCCUUCGCCAAGGAUGCCUUUAAAGUUUCUACAACGCGGGGCCAAAUGGCCCAAGUCGUACGGCUUUGAGAUUUAUGGCUCAGGACCGACCUACGUCGUGUCAGUAGAGAAAGGAAGCACAGCCUGCCGCGCCAACCUGAGGCCCGGAGACCAGAUUCUAGAAGUGGAGGGUCAAGAUGUGACUACCAUGUCGGCAUCUGCGGUCAAGAACCUGGCCAGAGAGAGUCGGACGCAACCACCAUCUUUAGAGGUGGUGUCAUGUCUGGCGCGCCUCAUUUUGGAGCCUGUGCCCCUCUCGGGUUACGGUUUCAGUGUUCUCAAUGAACGUCCUGUGGUUGUGGGCUCCGUCGACUUUGGUGGUCCAGCGUACCAAGCAGGCCUUCGAGUUGGUGACAUAAUUCUGGAGGUGAACGGCACUAAGCCAGAAGGGGUGGAGACAGUGGGCACCAUUCUGUCGCAGCGGUCCGGCCGUCUGUCCAUGUUGACCAUCCCCGCCGGCCGCUUGGGGAACCUCGUGCUCGUGGACAAGAGACUGAACCAGCUCCCGCCCUCUGACCUCCGCGUCCACCGUGCGAGAGAUCUAUAUGAGAAGUUGGCCAGUGUGCUGGGGGAUGAUUACGACAGAAAGAUGGCGGUAGUGGCUGUGCUGAAGCAGUACGCAGAAGACCGGGACAUUGACAUCCUGUGCAGGUCCCUGGCAGCCAUUCUUCAGACACCACACCAGCGUACUAUCAUUCGUUACAUCAGAGCGCUGGUGAGCCCCAACCAGCGAGCGGCGUUCGACGAAUUGCUGACUUCACAGAUCUUAUCCCCAGCCCACAGCAACAGGUCUGGUCACGUGACGCCAGUUAAGACGACUCAUGUCAUCGGGGUCAAGAAAGUGGUGCAGGUGCUGAGAGAGAACGAAAGCUUUGGUUUCGUUGUCAAGGGAUGCAAUCCUGCCUUCAUCGAGUCUGUCGAUGAGUUUGGCCCAGCAGACCGGGCAGGGCUGUGUCCUGGAGACUUCAUCGUCAAGCUAAACGGCCUUGAUGUCAGGCGGUGUGACCAUGACAGGCUGGUGCAGCUAUUGCAGGAUAGCGGCUACUCACCAACCUUGCAGGUCCUGCGCUGCCGCGAUGACCAGCAGGCCGUGCUGUCUCCUUCCAGCAGCCUAAGCUCUUUAUCAUCGUCAUCCUCAGAGUCCAGUCAUGGCUCUGACUUUCUGCCGGAUGAGGACGUCCACGUCGACAGCGAUGGCACCACGUUUUCUGAACGAGCUCAGUAUCUGCUGACUGCACGUGAGAGAAACCAACUAAAGAAAGCGCUGCAGUCGUAUGAACUGAACAGGGAUGUUAUUUCUCUGCACGCCAGUCUGGAACCGGUCUUAGACACUCCGUCAAAAUGCAUUUUGUGGAAGUUUAUCCUUGUUUGUCUACAAUCACACCACCGGGACUACAUCCUUCACCGAGUCGACCUACCCAGAGAGGUCGUGACAGAGCUUGUAAGCGGAGAAACAAGAAGCUUCAAAGACCACACUAUCAAGAAAGAAUACCUCGGGAAACGUAUCAUCAGCGGCGGCGGCGGCGGCUCCUCCAGGCACCUGGACCAGACGUCAUUUCAACGUCAUGUGGAUUUCUUACUAACGUCCACUGAGCGCGUGCAGUUCAAGAAAGCACUGCAGGCGUACCAUGAAAAACAGGACAUCAAGCGUCUUGCAGAGGUGAUGAACCUUCUCUUGGACACGCCAUCCAAGCGCAUAUUAUGGCGCUAUGUGAUACCCCGCCUGUCCCCUGCUCACCAGGGAGUGGUGAGAAAGACCCUGGACAUACCCGACUCCCACAGUGUAUCAGGUCUACCCUUGGCAGCUAUGGAUUCUUACAUCGGUUCGUUUGACGACGACUCUCAGCCGGUGGAUAAGGCAAAGAACGUGGAAGAGGACAUUUUGUAUGGCGUAGAUGCAAAAAAUGCUGACAGGGACGAUGAUAUCACCUCACUAACUUCGGACGAAGAAAGUGACAUCAGUGAAGUUUCAGAACUGUCCUCCGAGAGAAACACUGCGACAGGAAGGGAUCAAGGUCUCAGCAGAAUCGUCAUACGAUCAGGUGAGGACCAGGCCCACAUGCGAGAACUGCAGAUCACGCGCCAGGCCGUGGAAGAAGCCAAUCAAGCCGUAAAGAGUAAAACCGAAGGCAAAGAAGUCUUCAUUACCCACAGUGACGAUGAUGAAGAUAACGAUAGCGAUGAAAUGGACUAUCUAAAAUCAAGACGGUAUGUAACGAUCAUACCCGUCGGCUACCCGGGCUUCAGUCUAGACCGUCGACCAUUUUAUAGCAGGGAAAUGGACCAGGAGGAGUUCUUCAGUUUCCGCAAGGGGAUGGAGAUGACGGUCGCAGACGCUGAUUCCGGAACGCGCGUGUUGAGGAGCACGCCAGGUGUUAAGAGGUCGCCGACCGUAAGCCCGCCCUCAGUGAUGAGGGGAAAGGAUGCCAGCAGUUCGGAGAGCGAGGAGGCAGACCAGAGUGUGACCAGGCAACAGACACGAACAAAGCGCUCAACAGAAACAUAUGGCCAUGGAGAGAGGAAGGUGUUGAAGGAGCUGGAGGACGUGAUGGCCUCUGAAAUCUCGGACCUCGAUUCACCCUCGCAGCACCAGCAUCACCGCCAUCAGCAACCCGUCGCCAGCGAAGACACGGAGGUGGACAGCACAAGACCACCUGUUGUACCUCCCCCUCCUCCACCUCCACCCCCACCACCAGGUGGGCCUCUGACCUCCGGCCAAGUGGCUGGGCAACACAUGAACAUCAAACGCAUCAACUGGGAAAAACUGGACAACAGUCACGUAGAAAAUACUGUAUGGGAGCAGAUGUGUGAUCAAGAUCUGUCGGAGGUUAUCCGCUACUUGGAACUCGAGAGCCAGUUUAGCACGAAGCCCUCGAGAACGAGAGAUCUUGGCAAAAAGAAAGAAAUCUGCAUCAUGAGCUCCAAAAAGGCAUACAACAUUUCCAUUCUGUUGGGUCACUUGAAGAUGACAGUGGCUGAAAUCAAGCGGGCCAUCUUCUUAAUGGACGAGGACACACUCACGCCAGAGCUUUUGCGUCAGCUCAUUGCAUAUUCACCAAGUAAACAGGAGAAGUCUGAAUAUGACGCUUUUAAAGGCGAUGUUGAGGACCUUAGCAAACCCGAUCAGUUUGCUUACGAGAUGAGCCAAGUAUAUGCCUAUGAACGGAGGCUAAUGGCUCUUCUUUUCAAGGCUUGUUUCAGAGAGAAAAUAGACGAAAUGAAAGAGAGCCUGCGAAGCAUCCGAGUGGCGUCAAAUGAACUGCGACACAGUAAAAGACUUGCACGUAUAUUGGAGUUAAUCCUGGCCAUGGGGAACCACCUGAACAAGGGAAACAACCGCGUCGGAGAGGCCGCAGGGUUUCGAAUCACCUUCCUGACUCAGCUCGACAUCACCAAGACAGCAGACAGCAAGUCAACAUUUCUGCAUGUGCUGACAGAUACCAUCUAUAAAAAGUUUCCCGAACUUCUGGCGGUGAGAGAAGAUCUGGGAGCUGUUGCUGUAGCUGCCAAAGUCUCUAACCUCUCUUUGAAUGAGGAUAUGCAGGAGCUCAAGAAAGGCUUGCAGGAUGUUUCAACGACGCUGGAAGAGAUAGGAAGCCACUGCCAGACAACCUCGUCCAUCGACCAUUUCCCAGAAGUGAUAGGCCGCUUCAUUGCCCAUGCUUCAGACGAGAUCCAAAGUAUCUUCCGACAGCAAGCCACUGCCAUGCACGACUUUUCCACAAUGGUUUCUUUCUUCGGAGAAGAUCCCCGUCUUGUCACCACAAGCGACGUCUUCUCAAUUUUUCACGAUUUCAUCGAAAAAUUCGAGAAGGCACACCGACACAACGUGAUCUACAGACGACGCUGACUUCCCGGCAACCGCAUUAUGUCAGUCUACGCCGCACCUCUAGGUGUUUCGCUCACGGAUGCAGCCAACAAACACUGCGGGUGGAGCCUUGCCUACUCGGGUAUUCUGCUUUCUCACGCCACUGGCUUCGGAUGCCGACCCUCCCUCCCUCCCCCCCCCCACUCCCAUCGUCAGACGCAGAUUGUAGUGUCCCCUGUCAUGACGAGUGUCCUCUCUCUUCCUGGCGUAGGAGUAGGAGUGAAGAAUAGUACUAAAUUGUACUAAAAGACCCUAUCCUACUUCAGAGAUGAAUAUAGUGUUUUUCAAACGCUGUCACAAAUUAAAAAUGCCCCAGAUGUUUGUAGGUUAAAGUACCGUGGAAGAAAAACAUUCUGGAGAUAAGAUCAUUAGGGAGCGCUGGGAAAACGUUCUCAUGCGAGCAAUGAGCCUAUCAGCCCGGGCAGCCCGCAGAGUAAGGCCGCUGGGGCAUGUCCGCCUGGCACUCGGUUUCUGUCGACAGACAGCUUCAGAGAGGCUGCCUCGCCUGACUGGCGAGGGCAGAACAUUUUUUUUUUUUUUACAGCCUGACCUACAUAUUACAUACCAGACCUCCUUUGGCGACCUCAUAACCUAAUUUGCUUUUCUCCCUGGUGUUUGUGUUCAAACUAGCAAGAAUUUAUGUAAUAAACCCUUGGAGUUCAG